AUGUUCGGCCCAACUAGCGCCGAUGGGCACUGGGAGUGUGAGAGAGAUGCACGUCAACGCUUCUUGGACAACAGCUCGGCCGGCAACACAAACAGCGAGAACAGAGAAUCUAGUUGUGCAAUCACAAAGAGGCUGAUGGUCUUUUUCAGGUUCGAGAAGUCACUCUACGACCUCAUUCGAGGCCUCCGCAACCACAAGGGCAGCGAGAAGGAAUACAUCGCCGAGAGCAUAAAAGAAUGUCGCAAGGAGAUUCGUUCCAACGACAUGGACCUCAAGGCCACUGCGCUCCUGAAGCUCACAUAUCUGGAGAUGUUUGGCCAUGACAUGUCAUGGGCGAGCUUCAAUGUUCUGGAAGUCAUGUCGAGUUCCAAGUUCAAGCAGAAGCGCACAGGAUACCUCGCCGCCGUGCAAAGUUUCAGAAGGGACACCGAGGUCCUGGUGCUCGCAGAGAAUCAACUCAAAAAGGACAUCAUGAGCUCGAGCCCGCCCUAUGUCAGUCUCCCGCUUGGCGCAAUACCGCAUGUCAUCAAUCCCAGCAUGGCCAACUCAGUCCUCUCCGACUUGAUCCCACGGUUGACACACACGUCGCCCAUGAUUCGCAAGAAGACGGUCGUCACGCUUUAUCGACUUGCGCUCGUCUAUCCAGAGACUUUGCGACCUGCUUGGCCAAAGAUCAAGGAACGACUGCAGGACGAGAACGAGGAUGCAAGUGUCACAGCUGCCAUUGUCAACGUCGUCUGCGAACUAGGCUGGAGGCGACCGCAGGAUUUCUUGCCGCUGGCGCCUAGGCUAUUCGACCUACUCGUCGAAGGAGGAAACAACUGGAUGGCUAUUAAGCUGAUCAAACUAUUUGCGACGCUCACGCCUCUGGAACCCCGACUGAUCAAGAAACUCCUCCCUCCUCUGACGAAAAUAAUACGAGAGACAUCUGCCAUGUCACUAUUAUACGAGUGUAUCAGUGGCAUUAUACAAGGUGGCAUCCUGGAAGCUGUCGAUGGUACUGCAGAGGGCGAGGAAGUAGCAAAGCUAUGUGUCGGCAAGUUGAGAGGCAUGAUGAUUAUAGAAGGAGAUGCAAACUUAAAAUACGUCGCAUUGCUGGCUUUCGACAAGAUUGUUCGAUCCCACCCACACCUAGUAUCCCAGCAGCAAGACGUCAUUCUCGAAUGCAUUGACGACCCGGACAUUUCGAUACGAAUGCGGGCCUUGGACUUGGUAGUCGGCAUGGUCAAUACGGACAACCUGACUGCCAUUGUGGGACGACUGAUGCGACAGCUCCGGAAUGCGCCGAUUGCGUCUGCAACUAACGACCCAAACAACGAUCGGAGUCGAGAGAUGGGCAUUAAUCCCUAUGCGGAUGAUGACUCUGAUGCCGAAGAGACUCUACCAGAACACGAACUCCACUCUGACCAGCCUCCACCACUUCCAGACGACUAUCGCAUCAAUGUGAUUCAACGUAUAUUGGAAAUGUGCUCGCGGGACACUUAUAGCAACAUCGCCGACUUUGAAUGGUACAUUGACGUGCUCGUGCAACUUGUACGAGUGGCACCAGCGACGCGAUCAUCUGCCGUUUCAGACGAGAAUGAAGAUCUAGAACAUGAGGAUGAUGUUGGCAGUGAUAUAGGUCGCGAGUUACAGAAUGUAGCUGUUCGUGUCAAGAGUGUUCGAGCAGAAGCAGUGGACGCUGCGCAAUCGCUGGUUCUCAUUGAUAGAAGAGAUCAAAUGUUCCCAGCAUCUGGCAAUGGUGGCCAAGGCGUCCUUGAGUUUGCUGGCUGGCUUGUGGGUGAAUACGCAGAUUACCUUACACGACCAGAACCUGUCAUGACUUCGCUUCUACAUCCUACCUCCCUCCAACUCUCUUUCAAAACUCUCGCCGUCUAUCUUCAGGCCAUACCGAAAGUGUUCUCGAGUAUAGCGGGGAGCGAUCGGAUCUCCUGGACUCCUGAGCGCAAGACUCUAAUGUCGUUGCUCAUGGCUCGAAUCAUACAUUUUCUGGAACCGCUCUCCACGCAUCCUAGUCUCGAAGUUCAAGAACGAGCAGUGGAAUAUCUUGAACUCAUGCGCCUAGCUGCUGAAGCUGCGUCUGGCACAGCCACUGGGGGCAACCACGACGGCUUUACAGAUCCACCGCUACUACUGACGCAAGCCAUACCCGCACUCUUCUCAGGCGCCGAACUUAAUCCAGUUGCCCCUGGAGCGCAACGAAAAGUGCCAGUACCCGAAGAUCUAGAUCUCGACGUCCCAAUCAAUCCCAAUUUGCAACGACUGUUAUUCCAAGCUGAUAACGAAGGCUUCGAGACGGAAGAAGACGAUGUCUACGCCGCAUACUCUGAGCCCGUCGCAGCCUACGCAGACGCCCCGGCUAUUGUCACACCAGCAGCCGACCGACUCGACGCGCCACAUAAGGAGCCUACCUCGUACCAAAACGCAGCAGAGGAAGAAUACCUCGACCCAGACAUCAUCGCACGCCGCAAAGCCGAGCGCAGAGAGCGCCACAAAGACGAUCCAUUCUACAUCGAUCCGGACGGCGGAAGCGGGACUGUCACACCCCUCAGCCGCAUCGUCCGCGACGGCAACCGCGAGAACAACGAGCUGGACAUUGACUCGAUACCGAUCAUGGAACUCCACCUCGACAGCAAAGCCUCCUCCUCCCCGCUACCCCGCUCCCGCAGUCCGCGCAAACCAGCACGCAGAGUCGAAAUCAUGGGCGACGAGUCCCUCGGUCCGGCCGAGGCGGACGCCUCGCGCGACCAUGUCGUGCAGCCGCGGCCGGCCAAGACGAAGAAGUCCCUGCUCGAGGUAGAUAGCUCGGGACUCGGGUCGCUGAGCCUCGUGGACGACGAGGAUGUGACGGGUCGCAAGUUGACGGCGUUUGAGAUUGAGCGCAAGGCGCAAGAGGAUGCGGAGAUGAAGAGGGCGCUGCAGGAGGUGGAGAGGUUGCGGUUGGAGAUGCAGCGGGCGAGUGAGAGGUUGCAUGUCAAGGAGGAGGUGGCGGUGAAGAAGAAGAAGAAGAAGGUUCGCAAGGUGGAGGUUGGUGGGGAUGAUGAGGCGUCUGUGUUGGGUGGGGGGUUGGAGGCGAGGGGUCAGGCUGAGGCUGAGGCUGAUGUGGCGCCGGUUAAGAAGAAGAAGAAGAAGAAGGGGAAGGGGAAGAGUGAGGGGGAUGGGGGUAAUGGGGUUAAUGAUGGAGGAGAGGAAGAGGAACAGGAAGAGGGUAAGGCGAAGAAGAAGAAGAAAAAGAAGAAGCGGACUGUGGUUUUGGAUGAAGGUGGAGAUGCGCCUGCUGAGUAG